AUGGAUGCGCUUCCCAAGUUCGGGAAGCUGAGGAGUACGAAAACCAGAGCCGUGGGGCAUGCAGCAUAUCCAAAACCAGUCGCGACUGUGAGCCAGUCUCCCGCGUUUUCUUCUACAAUCGGAGGUUGGCGAGUCAAUGGAGUCGCCAGGCGUGUGACUGGCUUCCUCAUUUGUGGCUUCGCCAGUUGGCGAAGGCGAAGAUGGAGCUGGCGAGGCAUCCGAGGGGCAUCUCAUGUCAGGUCUGGUGGCGAGGUUCUGGCGGAUUUGCGGCACGCCUUGGAUCGCGAGGGCUUGCAGGCCUACAUCGUGCCCACGGAGGAGCCCCACUUGUCGGAGAUCCCCCCGCCCUGCUUCGCGCGGCGGAAGUUCUUGUCAGGCUUCACCGGGUCUGCGGGGACCUGUGUGGUCACGGAGCGCGAGGCACUGCUGUGGACGGAUGGCAGGUACUUCACGCAGGCGGAGCUGGAGCUGAGCGACUCCUGGCAGCUGAUGAAGUCGGGGUUGAGGGGCACGCCCAAGUUGGAGGACUGGCUGGCCGCGCAUCUCAGAGAAGGGGACUGCGUGGGCAUCGACCCCAGCGUGCACUCGGCCUGUGCGGCCGGCGACCUCAAGACCCGGCUGGGUCAGAUGGGCAUCCAGCUGCGGCCUUUGGACAAGAACUUGGUGGACGGAGUCUGGCACGACAGGCCUCCCAUGCCUCAAGGCGAGUUGCGGCUGCAUCCUUUGGAGCUGGCCGGGCAGAGUGUGGAGGACAAGCUCCACAGAGUCCGGUCAGAACUGCGGGCGCAGGCUGCAGAGGUACUGGCGGUGACGGCUCUGGACGAGGUGGCGUACUUGUUCAACAUCCGCGGCUGCGAUGUCGACCGCACGCCUGUAGCACUGGCCUAUGCCUUGGUUGGAUUGAGCUCUGCGGCCAUCUUCGUCGACAAGGGCAAGCUGCCACCAGAGGUGGUCGCCCAUUUGGAGGCCGCCGGUGUGGAGGCAUAUGACUAUCAGCAGUUUGUUCCCGCACUGAAGGCGAGUGGCCAGAAAGUUUGGAUGGACACGAAGCGCUCCAAUUACUCACUUCUGCUGGCGGUCGGGCUCGAUGGGCCUAAAGUGACGCUUCCAUCGCCCAUAUCGUCAAUGAAGGUAUGCAAGAAUACAUGCGAGGUUGAUGGCAUCAUUGCAGCGCAUCGCCGUGACGGUGCUGCCAUGUGCGGUGCGCUGGCACAGCUGAAAAACAUGGUGACCGGUGGCCAGACACUGACUGAAGUAGACGUCGACCUUGCCGUGACAGAAGCCCGUGCGGCACAAGAAGGCUACGUGGACAACUCGUUUGACACCAUUGCGGGAUAUGCUGCCAACGGCGCCAUUGUGCACUAUGUAGCGCAGGCUGAAUCUGCAGCCACAGUCGGUAUGGACUCCUUCCUGUUGCUGGAUUCCGGGGCCCAAUAUGUGGACGGCACAACUGACGUCACCCGGACACUGCACUUCGGCACUCCUACAUCUGAAGAACGUGAGCUCUUCACUCGCGUGCUGAAAGCACACAUUGGUCUGGCCACCGCGAUCUUCCCCACGGAUCUCCCCUGCUUCGCCCUGGAUGCUUUUGCCAGGCAACCGCUGUGGGCAGCUGGCCUGGACUACCGCCACGGCACGGGCCACGGCGUGGGCGCGGCGCUGGGGGUCCACGAGUUCCCGCCCUACCUGGGCCAGCGCUGGGAAAGCCGCGAUGCACUGAAGGCUGGGGGUGAGCAACGAGCCCGGGGUGUAUUUGGAAGGUCGUUUCGGCAUUCGGAUCGAGAAUCUCAUGCUGGUGGUGCCAAAGGAGGAGCUGGCAUCGAAGGGGAGCUUCCUUGGCUUCACGCCGGUGACCUUGAUCCCCAUUCAGAGAAAUCUGGUGGAGGUCUCGCUGCUGACUGA